AUGGUAUUUUAUUGUAACUUGGAGAAAGAUACAUUAAGUGUUGUCAUCAGAAGACAGGGAACUUGGACUCAAAAGCUUUACACCCAUCUCUCUUCUUCCAUUGAUUCUCUAGAGGUUUCUACUGAAGGUCCUUAUGGUCCUAACUCCUUAGAUUUGAGGCAUGACUCUCUAAUACUAGUCAGCGGGGGAAGCGGAGUCACUCCCUUCAUUUCAGUGAUCAGAGAACUCAUAUUCCAGGCCCAAAACCAAAGCACAAAAAUACCAGAUGUUCUUCUUGUUUGUGCCUUUAAAUACUACCAUGAUCUUGCGUUUUUAGACCUAAUCUUCCCACCAGAUAUUUCAGUCUCGGACAUCUCUAGGCUGAAUCUCCGGAUCGAGGCCUAUAUAACACAAGAAGACAAGAAGCCGGAGGCAGCUGAUGAUACCAGAUUGUUGCAGACAAAAUGGUUCAAACCACAGCCACUAGACUCUCCAAUCUCACCAGUCCUUGGACGCAACAACAUACUCUGGCUAGGAGUUGUGAUCUUAUCAUCAUUCGUCAUGUUUCUCUUGCUCAUAGCGAUUGUUACACGUUACUACAUAUACCCUGUUGAUCGUAACACAGGAAAGAUCUACAACUUCUCGUACAGAGUUCUCUGGGACAUGUUCCUAGGAUGUGUGUGCAUUUUUAUUUCUUCAAGCGCAGUUUUCUUGUGGCGCAAGAAAGUUAACAAGGAAGGAGAUAAGGAGUCCAAGAAGCAGGUACAGAGCGUAGAUUUUCAGACGCCUACGUCUUCUCCAGGUUCAUGGUUCUGCAGCCACGAUAGAGAGCUCGAGAGCGUUCCCUAUCAAUCUAUAGUACAAGCCACUUCAGUCCAUUUUGGCUCCAAACCUAAUCUGAAAAAGAUUCUGUUUGAGGCCGAAGGUUCAGAAGACGUUGGAGUGAUGGUGUGCGGGCCAAGAAAGAUGAGGCAUGAGGUGGCAAGGAUAUGUUCAUCUGGUUUGGCUAAAAACCUUCACUUUGAAGCAAUUAGUUUCAACUGGUGAUCGAUUCCAUGUUCUGACUAUGUUGUUUAUAUUCAUUGUGAUUACCUUUGAUAUGUUGAAAUGGUUUGCUGUUUAUUUUUUUAACGCAAUGCAAAAAUGAAUGUCGAUAUGUGCUAUCA